AACACUGGUGAAAUGGUUCAGACGCCAACAAAGACUCAGUUGGUGAGUUUAACGGUACGCUGACCGCUGUUUAAAGCCUGCUCAGUAUAAACCAAUGACGUGUUACAGCGAUGAGCCUCUCAGCCAAUGAGCAGCUUGAUCGCUGAGAGUGAAAAGUAACACGAGAAACAUUGUAACGGGACGCGGCGCCGCUGAAGCCUAGCAGGGUUUGCUAACGGACGCUGCGUGUUCACACACUCGCCGACGAUAUAACAGUGAAGAUGCAGUUCAUGUUGCUGUUUAGCCGCCAGGGCAAGCUGCGCUUGCAGAAGUGGUACUUGCCACUGUCUGACACACAAAAGAAGAAAAUCUCCCGCGAGGUCAUCCAGAUGGUGUUGGCCCGAAAACCCAAAAUGUGCAGCUUUCUGGAGUGGAGAGAUUUAAAAAUUGUCUACAAAAGAUAUGCCAGUCUGUAUUUUUGCUGUGCUGUAGAAGACCAAGAGAACGAACUGAUAACCCUCGAGAUCAUCCACAGAUACGUUGAACUGCUGGACAAGUAUUUUGGCAGUGUAUGCGAGCUGGACAUCAUCUUCAACUUUGAGAAAGCGUACUACAUCCUGGACGAGUUUAUACUGGGUGGGGAAGCUCAGGAGACAUCUAAAAAGAUUGUACUGAAGGCUAUUGAACAGGCAGAUAUGUUGCAAGAGGAAGCCGAAGCACCACGCAGCGUACUGGAAGAGAUUGGACUCACAUAAAACCUUUUAAAAGCCUGCAAAAUAAGAAGUACCAAUUCCUCAUUUUCUGCCUUUUCAGUUUAUGUGUGUCACACAAACACCACAGUAUUUAGUGAAAUAUGCAACUAGUUUUUCCCCCUUGCCUUCAGUUCUACUUUUCUACUGAACAACAAACCAGCCAGUACACCAAAUCGGCUUUGUUAUAUUAUAACGUUUCUUUUCAUUACCUCCUUUUGUGUCCUUCACUGCCUUACAGACACAUUCACAAUCUGGGGUUGCUUUAAAAAAAAAAAAAAUUCAGCUUUAAUUCUACUGCUUACGAAGUAAAUGUGCCUGUGUAGGUCACAUUAGUAUUUAACACUAUUACAUGGAAAGUAUAUUAUAAAUAUACAUUUAUAAACACCUCUAAAUUGGCGGACUGUAUUCUGUGAAAUAAAAGCCAGUAUUAGAUAAGGGUCUACAAGACCCUUUACCACUGUAAAUCUCUUCCACCUAUCAUCAGGAUUAUGGAUAAGUAGAUGUUUUGUAUUGUCAUGGUUAUUCAUGAAUAUUUCCUCAGUUUAAUGGGUAUCCUCUCACCUGUGAACAAACAUGUAAUUGAUGGUGCCCAUUGCUAUUCUUUCCCCCUGUUAAAUGUAGCACCAUUAUUAAAAUAGAACACUAAUCUAUAAGACAAUAUACUUCAGUAAUACAUAAAAAGAUAUCAUUGAUAUUCCUACUGGACUGUGUUGUGUCCUGUAUCACCUGGCUGACUGAUGCUUCAUAAAACUCUUAGAUUUCAGUUUAUUUUCAAUACCAAAGAAUUUACCUUUCUCAUGUGUGUUUGUAUUAGUACAUUCUAGAUAACAGUGGUUCACUGCCUAGCAUCUCUCUUUAAAGGAAAAAACAUUUUAUGUUGUUAAGAAUUGAGUUUUUCCCUUAUUUUACUUCAUGUAUGGUUAUCUUUUUUAAGUACAGGCUGUAUUAAACGGUGAUUGAUAAUCCUGUUUUGGCACUCACUGUGAACACUGUGGAUUUGAAAUAAAAUAUGUUUUUCAGGCUGUU